CCAGAGGCAGAGGUAGCAACUAGCAAAGCAAACCUUUUACGUCGCCGUUUUGCCACCAGAUUAUCGGUGUGGCGGGACAUAAAGAUUCAAUUGCAGCAGAGAAAAAAAUCAAGCAAGGCCAUGGAUAGCAUGCCAACCUUCAAUGCUGAGCAUCUUCAAAGUAAUAUGAAGACUAUCUAUUACAGCCAGACUUUUCUGUCAAUUAUUGGCGGGGUCAUUGCUGGAAUUAUGGGGUUCACAAGCUUGACUGGGUUUAUUUUUUAUUUCCUAAUAAUGGUGAUCACUUCAGUUGGGCUACUAGCAAAGGCAGGGUUUACAGUUCAUUCAUACUUUGAUAGCUGGAACCGGGUUUUACUUGAUGGCUUUUUGGGCGGGCUUAUGAACUAUUACCCCAUUCUUUUACGUGGUGAAAAUGGAACAGUUGCCCACGAAUUCAUUGUUGGUUUAAGAGGAUUCAAGAAGACUGCUGGGUUAGAGCCUGAAGAUGUUGCCAAGCGUUUAAUGGACUUUGGGUUUCAAGGACCUACAAUGUCUUGGCCUGUUCCGGGCACACUUGUGAUUGAACCCACUGAAAGUGAAAGCAAGGCCGAGAUAGACAGGUUUUGUGAUGCUCUUAUUUCCAUUAGAGAACAGAUUGCUCAGAUUGAGAAUGGAAAAGCAGAGGUCCAGUGGUCCACAACAAUGUCCUGAAGGGCGUGUGGAUAUUGUAUGUGCAUGGUGACUGCAACCUUGUCACCCUUCUCCCAGCAUCACAUGUUGUUGAACAAGCACAGCGGCAGCCACUGCCAAGUCUUCCUCAUCAUGCUUCUUGCUGCAAUGUUUCUCUAUGAAACCGUUCACAUCUCCCUCUCAUUGUAUAUAAAUGUUUCCUUCAUUAAAGUCCUUCACAGCUGGUGACUUUCAUUUUCCUAAUACCAUAUUGAUAAUGAUCCGCUGUUUUAAUAACAAUUGUUUCUGAUUGCAACCCAAAGUGUUGUAAUUGUAAUUUACAUCAUUCUCCCUCCUCUUUUGGGUCUUUGCCAAUAUUAAGCAGAAGCUAAAUGCUCAACCUAUGUUAA